AUGUCGAAAUUUCAGCUCUUUCCACAACAACACCCAUCAAAAGUGCCAAAGAUUAUUCGCGACUGGACGCAGUCUUUCAAAACGGGUAGAUCGAAGGCAGCUUCCGCAUUCCAUAACAGAUCACAACGACUUGAAGGUCUUAUUCAACUUUACAAAACAGAAAAAAGAGUCCCACACAACGAGUCUGCAAUAUUUGGGACUUGUGCGGUUUGUGGGCAGUCGACGACUGUUCUUGGGAAAAUAUGCAGUUGUUGUGGCCAUAAGCUCUGUGCGAGAUGUAUUUUUGAAGUGAAGCUAAAGCCCAAAACUGUAGUUGGCGAAGUAGUUAAAAUCAAGUUAUACUUGUGUUGUACGUGUUAUGAUGUCUACAAUGUUAUGAAAGCAAGUCAAGUGCUUCAACGUGUACAAUCAGAUGAUCAUUUUAAUAUCGAGAUAAGAGCUCGUAUCAUUGAAGCAGCUGGAAAGGUAAUUGCAAUUAAGAAAGGUUUAGACAAUGCGACAGAUAAAGAAACCAUUAUACAUCUUUGUGAAGAUGGGCAAAAAACAAUCAAACAACUCCAUUCCGUUGUCGACUCGCUUAAAAAAGAGAACCAUAGUUUUCAGUACAAAUCGGAUGCUGUUGUGGAGUCAAAUAUGAUCCGCGCACUUGCCAAUUUUAGUGGAACUUUUGGGUUCUAUUUAGUUGGUCAAAUUGAGAAAACGGAGAAACGAAUGCAAAAGAAACUUCCCCUCCCUGUCAUCAAAACAAUCAACAUGUGUGUUAUUCCAAAAAAUGGGUCUGUUGUGGUUCUCACUGGUGUAGGACUUGCUGGAGGUGUUAUUGCAAAGAUCGGGAAACAGACUCUUCAAACAAAAUUUUUGAAUGGUUCGCUUUCGGUAGCUAUUCCGCCUGUAUUUGGGAAGCUAAGUGGUGAUCCUGUGGGGCUGGAACUUUACACAGCAGACCAAAGAAAAAUCAGUUUACCAGGCGACCUCCUUUAUUGUGACUACUGA